GAGAAGGGCUUCCCCCACUUUCCCGGGACUGCAAUUCCCAGAGACUUGAUUUCGCGGCUUUUUUCUCUGUGUUGGGUCUCUCUUGGAGCUGGAUAGGUCUUGACCGGCUAGCAGACCCACAGCGACGACGUGUUCUGUCGUGUCCAGUCGUAGGGUAUACUCUUUGGCCGGGCUUUCUGUCUCUUCAGCCACUUUUGCCGGACAGGCCGUCGCAGCUGGCCUGAGCAGUGACCUGGCGGGCCGCGCCUGCGCCCUGCCGCGUUUCCUGCCUGGCUGGUGGUGGCGGCCAUUUUGUUCAUCCUCCUCCUCCUCCUGCUCCUCCUGGUUGGAGCGCAGUGUCCGGAGCGGGCUGGGGGGAGCGAGCCCGAGAGCGGGGUUCAGUACCUUUUCCUCUGUCCCCAGCCGGCGCCCGGGGCCCCCCUCCCCUUCCUUCCCGCCCCCUCCCCUCCCCAGCCCUGCCCUCCCCCUUGUCCCGGGAUCACUCCGUCGCACCCACCAUGAUGGAAGACGACGGACAGCCCCGGACUCUACACACACAAGCUAAGACAUAUGGUUAUCUUCAGAAAACAAUAUGGUGUUUAUAGCCUAGAUACGUAGGUAACCUCUCCAGAGAUGUGACAGAAGUCCUUAUUCUUCAGUUAUUCAGUCAGAUCGGACCCUGUAAAAGCUGUAAAAUGAUAACAGAGCAACCCGAUAGCAGAAGGGUCAACUCUUCUGUUGGAUUUUCUGUUUUGCAGCAUACAAGCAAUGACCCAUAUUGCUUUGUGGAAUUUUAUGAACACAGAGAUGCAGCGGCUGCAUUAGCUGCUAUGAAUGGGAGAAAAAUUUUGGGAAAGGAAGUCAAAGUAAACUGGGCAACAACACCAAGUAGCCAGAAAAAAGAUACUUCCAAUCACUUCCAUGUGUUUGUUGGGGAUUUGAGUCCAGAAAUUACAACAGAAGAUAUCAAAUCAGCAUUUGCCCCCUUUGGUAAAAUAUCGGAUGCCCGCGUAGUUAAAGACAUGGCAACUGGGAAGUCCAAAGGCUAUGGUUUUGUAUCUUUUUAUAACAAACUGGAUGCAGAGAAUGCAAUUGUGCAUAUGGGGGGUCAGUGGUUGGGAGGUCGGCAAAUCAGAACCAAUUGGGCCACACGUAAACCACCUGCCCCUAAAAGUACACAAGAAACUAACACUAAGCAGUUAAGAUUUGAAGAUGUAGUAAACCAGUCAAGUCCAAAAAACUGUACUGUGUACUGUGGAGGAAUUGCUUCAGGGCUGACAGAUCAACUUAUGAGACAAACAUUUUCACCAUUUGGACAAAUUAUGGAAAUAAGAGUUUUUCCAGAGAAGGGCUAUUCCUUUGUCAGAUUUUCAACUCAUGAAAGUGCAGCCCAUGCCAUUGUUUCUGUGAAUGGUACUACAAUUGAAGGACAUGUGGUUAAAUGCUAUUGGGGUAAAGAAUCUCCUGAUAUGACUAAAAACUUUCAACAGGUUGACUACAGUCAGUGGGGCCAGUGGAGCCAAGUGUAUGGAAACCCACAACAGUACGGACAGUAUAUGGCAAAUGGCUGGCAAGUUCCUCCCUAUGGAGUAUAUGGGCAGCCGUGGAGCCAACAAGGAUUUGGAGUAGAUCAAUCACCUUCUGCUGCUUGGAUGGGUGGAUUUGGUGCUCAGCCUCCUCAAGGACAAGCUCCCCCCCCUGUAAUACCUCCUCCCAACCAAGCUGGGUACGGAAUGGCGAGUUUCCCAACACAGUGAGCUGGGACUCUAAACAGUUGCAACUCACAGUUGCAACUCACCACAGGCUGCAACCUCCUCUCACACUCUGAAGACAUGAAAAGUAAACAUCGGAAAAUGAAAAUAUUUAUUUUAACAAUUGAAAUGUUUGGAACCGUUAGCACAGCUUUGCUUGGUGAAGGACACGUGUCUUCUAGUUCUGCCUUUUUAAGUUUUUGUUCAUGAUGGAGAUGAACAUGAUUUUUCUUUAUGUACAAAAAAAACUAAAAUAAAGUCAAUAAAGACAAUUCUGACUAUAAAUUUUGAUAUAAUAGGAGAAAUGGGUAACACACUUUGAUCCUUAGACACUAUUCCGUUUUUUUUUUGCUGUUCAGUAUUUUAACUCACUGUGUUUUUAAAAGAGCAAAAAAGGGAGUAUCGUGAAAAACUGAGAAUCACAUCAGUUCAUCUGAAUUCUGAUACUCCCCUCCCAUCCCUGAGGUGGACCACACAAAAGUCAGCAGGAAAAGGUGUGAUUUCAGAAGAAGUACAUGAUGUGAGAAUCGCUGUGGAAGAAAUACGUUAUUCUCUAUGUUAAAGAAAAUGAAGCAGACUGAAAGCUUGCAGCCUCAAUAAGGACCAGCAUCGUAGGCGUGCGUCACUUGAAUGAUUGUUGGUGGUCCAUAUUAAGACAUAUUUUUAAAACUUUAAAAGUGUUGGUUAUCAAAAAUGUAUAUUACAUUUCAUUUGGGGGGGAAAUUCCAAGUAUGGUGUUUAUAUUAAAGUCAGAUGGUCAUACUUGUGCUUUUACAUGGAGUUUAAAUGAUAAACAUUGUAAAUAUUGAAUAACUACAGUGUUUCAAAAGCAUGCUUCAACAUAGAAGUAGCAGCAAUGUAAUUAUUCGAGGUGACAAGUAACAUGCUCGCUGCCAGUGCAGUGCUCAGUAGCAGUGUUAACACUGACGUCCUCGCGUCUUCACGGUUGGCCAUGUAAAAUGAGAAGGACACAAUGACUACACAGAAGAAGCCUUAAUUUAAUUUCAUACUAAUCUUUGAUGCAUUAGUAUAUUCUAAAUUGUAAGUGGAAGUUAGAUUUGGGCUUUUUUCUUUCUUUCUCCCCCACCAUCUUCCUUCCUUCCUUCCUUCCUUCCUUCCUUCCUUCCUUCCUUCCUUCCUUCCUUCCUUCCUUCCUUCUCUCUUUCUUCCUUCCUUCCUUCUCUUUCUUUCUUCCUUCUCUCUCUCUCUCUCUCUCUCUCUUCUUUCUUUCUUUCUUUCUUUCUUUCUUUCUGUUUUCUUUCCUUUUCUUUAGUACAUAAAUACCUGAUUAAAACCCAGUGAAGCAAUUUCAGGGUUCCUCUAAGUUGUAUAGCACAAGUUUUUUUAAAAAAAAAAAUCUUGGGAUGUUUUUAAAAAUUAGUAUAUUUUGCCCAAGAAUUUUUUAAACAAGAUUGCUAAAAUAUCUUAGACAACUUGAUGUACCAGUUUAUAAUCUGAUAACCAAUUUGAGUCGUACAUAAAGUUGUGACUUUUAUUUCUAAUUUGUUUUUUUUCCCCUUGGGAGUGUGUGGAUGACAGAUCUGAGUAGGCCUGAGUUGUAUGUGUGCAGUUGUAAUUGAAUCUUUGGGAAGAUGCCGGAGUUCCAGGCAUGCUCCCUCAGCAUCUUCCAGUCUAUGUGGAUACAGUCUGCCUCAUAGUUCUAUAAAAUGGGAAUGUGAAAUAGAUAAAAUCCUAUGUGUUUCAAUUGUGACAAUUAGGAGGUGCAAAUGUUUUGAUAGUGUGUUAAACCUGUUGGCCUGUGUAUGUACAAGAGCAGACAACCCUAACCUAACCUUUUUGAGGUAAGAUGGGUAAGAUGUACCUGGCGGCCACACUAAAGCAUUGAAGUCUAAAGAUUAAGAUAAUGUGUUUUUUUUUUUUUAAUAUUGCUGACCACAAAGAUUCUGGAGUUUAUUCCCUCCUUCACUUAGAAAUACAGCCAAAUGUAUUCAGCAUAAAAAUUUACAGGGUCUGAAGUUCUUUUUUGAGCCGAAAUCUUUAUGUACCUUAGUUUUCUGUUUUUUUUUUUUUUUUUUUAACCACAACUGCCCUGUGUUAUACAUGUCAGUGACUAAAUAUACCCCUGGGUUUUUUUUUUUUUUUUUUUGGUCAUACCUUUGGGGAAUGUUUUUGGAAAAGUUAUUUUAUAUUUUAUAAGAGGAAAACAAGCUAUAUUCUGCCCUGGAGUUAAGAUUUUCAUUAAACUUUGUGAAACUCCAACAACCUAAAGACUUUUUAAGUUGAUAAAUUGAUAAAAGCUUAUUAAAUAAAUUUUCAGUUUCCCUGUUUUUUGCCUCUGCCAGUACAUUAAGUGGCUUAUUGAGAUAACUAAUGGCUAACUCAAGCUGCAGUCUUUUCUGUUUUAUACCCUGUGCGUUAAUAAGAUUAUCCAGACUAGUUACAUUGCCAUAGUAAGCAUAUGACUGGCAUCUUUUGUCUUAAUUUGAUGAAAAACAACGUUUUUUGGUAAGUCAGUCAUUUCACAGCACAUAGUUUUAAGAUAGGCCAUGUGCAAAUGAAAUGCGCCAUUUUAGGGACGAUCAGGCUAACACAGGUCCAGACUGUCUUAUAAUGCAGAUUUGAGUUUGUGCCCUCCGUCCACUUUAAGCCUAAGAACUGUUGCCUUUUCUUUCCUGUGUUCAUCAAGAACAGCAGAGAGACUGGCAUGCAAGGAAAUGUCUCUUCAUAGUUUCUUGAGAUUUAUCUUGGUGUUUCUGCCUGCCAUUGUCUGUGCUUGAAUCCUUUUCUACUAGCAUUUCCUCGGUGCCAGUCCGUCUGAUCUUUAUGUUUGCCGGCAGUGAGAGGCCAACUAAAGCCAAAGCUGUAAACCACAGUUGAAGUAAGUCUUUCAAUAAAGACUAGUCUAUGUAA